AUGCGACAAAAUUCUAAAAGUCUUAAAAACGGAGCGAAUUUGGUAGAUGCGGAGACUUUUAUCAGUCAUAACUCGCGUAGAUUUGUGUUGAAUGGUGCGCCCUCCACCAAUAUGUGUGGGCUAGAUAUUAUCGAUCAUUGGGAUCUAGAAUUCGAAAAAAUUCUUGAUCACGAGAAGUUUCAUGCUGAUUACAUCGAAAGUGAUAUUCUACGUCUUGAUUCGAGUCCGGAGAAAUGA